AGCUACCGCUGGUAGGGAGGGAGUGGAGUAGUGAGGCUUUGGCACACGCUCAGUGACUGCUGCCGGGGAAACUCGAUCUCUUAACCCAGUGCUGAGAUGCUAUUUUCACUCUGUGAACGGGUGACUUAUUUAUAGAAAUGGCUGAUCUCAUUUUAAAGCAAAUUUGGAACUGGCUGGCGGCGGGAUGGAGCAAUAUGGCCGACUUGGCGGAUAGAAUAGACGACUUGAUCUGUAGCUUCGAAGGCGGCGCAGAAACAACAAUGGAUACUGUGGCUAUGUUGAUAUUUGGUUGGAUGAUAUUUGGAUUGUUUGUACUUGGCAUAGGGAGAUACAUUUAUGGUAGGUUUAUUGUCUCUUCAGAAGUGAAAGAUAAAUCAUCGGUUGUCGUACCGUCUGCUGCUAUCGCUGUGGCUACAAGUGUCAGUGAAGAUGCCCCGGUUGCUAAAGAAUUACCCCGAACAACCGUUUCCGCUGCUCCGAGGACGGCAGGAACCCCCGUACCUCCCACACCCCCAUUACGAAAGAGAAUAUCAAAAAGGGGGUCUGGCCCUGCACCAUCCCCAACGAGAACUACAUCCUACAUCCAACCACCCGUUGCUACAGGACCUGAGAGUGAAAGUGUUAAGUGGGUCAACGAAGUGUUUUAUUGGUUAUAUUCCGAUUUGGUGGUAGUGAAUGAAAUAUUAAAUGCUUGGAUGCAAUCCCUCAACGAGUUCACCAAGCAGUCUGUCACCGAGCACGGCGUGGGCGUUGAAUUCAUCCGCGUGCUACCUGAGACACACGCUCCGUCUCUCACCAAUGUCUUCUCCGAAUGCGCCCCGAACGACGAUGUGACGAUAACGUGUGACUGUGAAGCAAUUCCCGCUAUGCAGCUGAAGGCUUUUCGUCAAAAAGGCGAGAAAGUUGAAGUAUCCCACUUCCGUGUCAAUGUGAAUCGGUUUCGUGCCAGGCUCAACAUCAUCUGCAUUACAGAAAAACUUCUAGCAGACGUCAAAUGCGAUGGCUGGCCGGAUAUUAAAGUUGCCCUUGCUCCAGUGGGAAGCAUAAAGAAUAACUUAGACGAACAGCAGCUUCAGGAUGUGAUAUCAGAGAUUGUGGUCUUGGCCCUCAGGAACACUGAGGUGCAUCUCAACUUGAGCCAAUAUGCCACAUGUCCACGGCUUAUAAGGCAUCGAGGCUCCCCACUCCACAUACUACCUGUCCAUUAUGAUAGUAUGUUGGGUUCACACCUUGCGUCCAUUCCAGGAAAGACUGCAACAGAAAAGAGGCUUUUGGUGAAAGUUAUUAAAGCCAUUUCUCUUGGUGGAAAAAAAGGUUGUUCGGAACCAUUCUGUGUUGUGGAAAUGGACGAACCUCCACAAAAGAAUUCUACUUCCGUUAAGAAAGACACCAGCAAUCCUGUAUGGGACGAACAUUUUCUUUUUGAUUUGAGCCCAAAUACAGCAGAACUUCUGUUUGAGAUAUAUGACCGUGCGAAUAAGGUCAACAGGUUCUUGGGCCUUGGUAUUGUUGGUGUUGAGGAACUGCUUAUUAACCCCAGUCAGAGACAAGUUAUUUCUCUCCAGUCACGGCCUUAUGAAGCAGAUGAAGUGUCAGGCACACUAACUGUAGAGUUCUUGUUUAUAGAGGGAGCAGAUAUUCCACAGCUAGGAGAUAAGCCCUACAAACUGAAAGAAACUUUGAGAACAGUUUCACCAUCGGGGGGUGUGGUGACAACCACAAAAACUGUGUUCUCAAAACCAGGGGCAGUUGAACAUUUAACAAAUGGUGGUGAUGUGGUGACAGAUUCUGCCUUAAAGGAGCUAGAAGCAAGGAAUAAAGUGGGUCCCACACAAACAAGCAAAAGUACUCUCAUUAUACAUAGCGUUCAAAGACAACCACAACACAGGCAGCUUGUGAAGGUUGAACAAACUGACACAGGACGAUGGUACGAGGUUCCCAACCAGCAAGGCACAAAGGAAACUGUGGUACAACCGCAGCCGGCCCAUGAUGGACUUGAAGGUGGUACACCUCCCUCAGGAACUGAUGAUAGAGGGAGAAGUAGGAAAAAAAAGCGUGAUUUCUUCGGCACAAUCAAGAAACGUUUAAAUCGUUCCAAGAUCCGCUCCAAAUCAAUGGAUCCUGGGGAGCGAGAUGAAUCUCUGAACAGAGAUACUUCACUCAGCAGAUCAAUAUCUGCUGAUCGGGCAAGAGACCCAUCAGCCCAUUCCACCGGAUACCUUACAGUGCCAGGUCUGAGGGAACUGGAUGGGUCAACUCGAUCAAGUCUCAGUGAAGCAUCAGGUGUUAGUGGAGCUUCAACACGGACUUAUGUCAAUGAGGCAUCAACACUGGUUCUAGAAACCAUUGAAAAUGGUGUAAAAAAACAUUAUCUUGUACCACUUUCUAUGGCCCAGAAGAGUAAAUGGCGGAAGAAAGGGAUCAAACUUCACAUUUUCAAUGAUCACACAUUCAUUGCAAAACAUCUGCCUGGUGGCACCACAUGCCAAGUAUGCAGUAAGUCUGUGGCAAGGCGGCUAGGGAAACAAGGCUAUGAAUGUCGGGAUUGUGAACUCAAGUGUCACAAGCAUUGCCAUAUUAAAGUUGACUCUAAUUGCACCAAUUCAACUAUUCAGAGCAUUGAACUGUCUCUACUGCCUGUACUGAGUGAAUAGUGCGUACAUUCAGAGUCCCUACAUGGACAGGCGAAUUCUUCAAUUAAAGAAUAGUUAAAAGUGGUGAAGUAAUUCUGCAAAUGUGAAUAUAAAAUAAAACUAACUCCUGCUAUGUGGUGAGUUAACUAAAGAAACAGACUGUAAUGAAUAUGUUAUUAAUUUUAAUUAAAGCCACUAGUGAAGCAACAGCUGUGCUUGACUACUGCUUCUUACUGCCGUAUGCAUAAUAUAAUGGUACCAACUGCUUCAGAAAAAACAAUGUGACUGAUAUAUGCAAAAUAGCUAGCUGCACCUGAUUCAUGACCUCACUAGGUCUUCCUUAUUAUUCAGUUCUCAAUAGUUUUGUAAAUAAUACAGUGAAAUAAAAGAGCUCUCAAGAGGAGAAAGGGUCCUCCAACUUAAGUAAUGUACUUAUAUUGCUGAUACUGGAUUUGUUUCUGUUUUCCAUGUGAACUGUGAAGCCAUGCACUAUUCCAGUUAUUCCCAAUUGUUUCACAACCAAAAAGUAUUCUAUACUUUAUAUCCCGUAACUGUGGAUUGAUACUGAGAAUAUUUUUACUAUUGUAUGUAUUGUGGUUGUAUUAGCACCAAAAAUAGAAAACAUCAUCUUUGAAUCAGUUUUUAAAUAUGAACAGUUACUUGUUCUCCAUACCAGUUUUAUAUGAGUAUAAUUUUUAGUCAAAUGUUUAACUUCGAUUAAUUACAUUUUAAAAUGUCUGCUGCAUACAAUCUGAAAUUUUAUAUGUUAACAUAAUAUUGGAAGUUAUGAACCUCUAACACAAUUACGACAAUUUUUGUAGGGUUGCUUGCCUUAAUAUACAAAAUCUUAAUUACUUAUGGAUCAUUGAAUUACUUAUAACUAUAUUAGAAGUUAGGUAAUCUAUCUCUGAAGCUUCUUUCGUACAUAUAUGGCAUCCUUGUAUUAAUAAAAGACAUGUUAUAUUUUCGGUAUUAUUACUGCUUAUGGAACAAAUACAAAUUAUGUAUAGUACGAUUACAUUACUAAUUAGGAUAUAAUCUUCCUCGCAACCCUGCAAAUUCCUUCCAUUUCAUUUUUCUGACAGCUGAAAGUUUUAUUCAGAUUCAUAACACACUUUAUAUUAGUGACAAUAAGGUCACGAUGUGUUGAUGAUGACAUGAUGUGUUUUGUUUACAAAUGGGACCAUGGUAUUUUAGGGGAAGAUAAAGGGGAACUUAUUUUAUUAAAGCCAUGGUUACUACAUGAGCAAGUGGUCAGUUUGUCAAUAUUAUAACACAUAUUGUGUUAUUUUUACAAGACAGGUUUUAUUUUGCAGAUAAUUUGUGGAAACUAAUGAUUCUACAUUUCUGAUACAUAACAUUGAUUUUCUUAAUAUAACAUGUUCUAAGGGUAUCUAUGAGGAGGGUGGUUGAAGGCUAUUUAAAUAAGUAGACCUUUCUUCGCCACUGACUGAAGCAGUAGGAGUAGCAACUUUUGGCUGUGUAAGAUAAAUACUUAUUUCUGAGACAAGAAAAGCAUUAAGCUGUACACAAACAUGGAAGUUCCAAUGUCUCUUGGUUUUAUAUCAUUACCAUUAUUUUAUUAUACAUAUUUUUGGCUUCCAUUGUACUCUUUAAUUCCUCAACAAAACUAAAUAAAAUCAUGACUCUAGCUGCCUAUUUCAGUUUCAUGUUUGCACGAAGAAUGUGAUGUGGAUGAAUACAAGUUUUGAUUCUAAGAAUGACCCUUCAUUUUCUGCACAAAGGAACUAUAAUUAUCAUUAUGGGAUAAUGACUGAAGUCGGCCAUUAUUAUUUCCAUGAAGAUUUGUGCCUAAAGGUUACAUACAUAUAGGUAACCUGUUGUAUAUACUAUAUUUAUUAAAGAUUUGUUUCUGUUAUGAUAUUGUGGAAUGAAGAUGAAACUUCACAAGCUUUGAAGUAUGGUUCAGUAAGGUAACUGUUGUAAUCCAAUGCCUGUUAGUAUGAAAAGACAUGUGAUAGUAUAUAAGAAACAUGUAUUCACUGUAUUUACAUCAGUGCUCAAAGUUAACAUAAUUCAGUAUCUUGAAUGAGGCAGCAAUAUUUCAGAAAUGUAUUUGAUAAUUAUGUUUUGAAUAACACAGAAGUUUUUUGCAAUUCUGUUUAUUUGUUAUAAAUUUUAAAACAAAAUUAAUGGAAGACAUUAGCUGUUGUGCUUAGAUUUGUUACAUCGUUUUCUAACAGAAAAUUGUAGUUGUACAACAAAUACAUUCUUCUGUAAUUUUUUGAAAGAUAGAUGAAUUAUCCACAGAUAUUAUUGGAAAUAUAUGUUUUUUAAAGACAAAAUUGGUUUCAAAGGAAAGAGCAAUUUUGAGGAAUUUUAUGAACAGAAAUUUGGAUGUUUAAUAAAUAUCAAGAGAAUAAUGCUAUUUUGGAAAUGAGGCAACAGUCAGAAGAAUGUCAAUUUUCCAUUUUGAGCACUGUAAUUAGAACAGAAAAUGUGCAUGAAAGAACUUUGGUACAAGUUGAUGAAUGACAGAUUCAACUUAAAACCCUCUAUCACCUUGUUUUCUGAAUAUGUAUGUAAUCCUGCACAAAUAUACUAAUGCAAAGAAUGAAAAGGAUAUGCAAGCAGUGAUAUUAAUGAGCACAACAGUAGACCCAACUGUGAGAAAAGAAGUUUUGUACAUUUUGAAAUAGUUUCCUAAAAUUAUUAUUGUAUUAUAAUUAAUGUAAUUGGUGCUUUUGGUAUUAUAAUAGUAAAUAUGAAUUGUUAAUAUAAUUAAAAUAUGUAUUAACAUACUUCAUUAGAUUCACUGAAAUUUUUAUUUAUGUGCCUAUUGUAAUUAAAGAACUACGAGACAAUGGGAUUGUUCAAAAUGUUUUUCCUGCCACAAACUGAUAUGUUGAAUUUCACAUCUGCUAUUUUGACAUUUAAGAAAAGCUGAAUGUUUGUUUUUAUUACAAAUGUUAUGUUAAUUUCUUUCUAAUUUGUAUUUUUAGAGAUGUAACACAUGUGAUCAUUUCUGGUAUAAUAUGAUAAUCAUGAAAAUUAUUUCCACAUUAGAAAGUAACGAAACCUGUUGAAAGGAUUCCCAGCUGAAAAUGUUAUGCUGAAAUGUACUUAGGUUUUGUCAUCAAUAAAUGCUUUUAUUUAUGUUA